AUGAAUGAUUUACAAAUCGGAACAAGCAGAACCAGUAAUGGAAUUAUUGGUUUACCUUCUUCAACUGGAAUGGAAGUUGCACCAGAGGAACCUUUAAGAGCGAUAGUGAUUAAUAGACCUACUGCUCAAAUGAUUGAAACAUAUAGAUUACCAAAACCAAAAGAUCAAAUGUCAGAACAAGAAAUAAAUAAUUUAAUUAUGAGUCCUGUUCCACAAGGUCAAAAGGUUUUAUGUAAAAUAACUCGUAAAAGAGAUAAAUUUGGUAAAUUUUAUCCAUUAUAUGAACUGUUUAUUGAAGAACGAGACAACAAUGGCGAACAGAUAAGAACAUUUCUUAUGUCAGCUAGAAAGAAAAAGAAAAGUAAAAGCUCACAUUAUAUCAUUACCACUGAAAAAUUAACAAGCUCUAGCACACCUAAAACCAUUGUGGGAAGAGUUAGAUCUAAUUUUUUAGGAACAGCUUUUGUUAUAUAUUCACAUGGUAAAAAUCCAUUUAAGCAUGAACCAGAUUCGACGGACUUACCACUUAGAGAAGAAUUAGGAUCUGAUCCUAAUAUACUUGGAUUUAAAGGUCCACGUAAAAUGACAAUUUUAUUAAUAGGAAUGAUGAUAAGUGGUGAAAGACCUGAAUUUCGUCCCAAAGAAGAAUCAGAAACAUUAAUCGGUAAAUUUCGUAAUGGUGAUAAACGAGAUAUAUUAGUUUUACAUAAUAAAUCACCACAAUGGAAUGAAGAUACAAGAUCAUAUGUGCUAAAUUUUAGUGGUAGAGUAACUCUGGCAUCUGUAAAGAAUUUUCAAAUUGUACAUGAUAACGAUUUGGAUUAUAUUAUAAUGCAAUUUGGUCGUGUAUCAGAGGACUCAUUUACAAUGGAUUUUAUGUACCCAAUGUGUCCCAUUCAAGCUUUCGCAAUUGCUUUAACAAGUUUCGAUGCUAAACUUGCAUGUGAAUAA